UUACCUGAGGGCUGUGGACGUAGAGAAAAUACAUAAAACGUUGAUGGAUCUAUGGGAAGAAGACCUGGAUGCUGGCACGGGAACGCUGUGGAGAACCUGUGAAUGGUUACGAAGCGGUACAUUCUUAGAGGAUAUUGGACUGGCAGAGCCCCUUCAGCCAAUCCGACUCGUUCAUCCGCGACCAGUCUUAUUGGCGGAACGGCUAAAAGAAUAUAAUAAUACCGUCAAGUUUAAUACUUUUUCACAAUCUAAAUUUGACUGCCAGAUAUGCCUCUCUUCCGUAAAAGGGGCUCAGUGCAUCCGCCUCGACUGCCUUCAUGUAUUUUGCAGACCUUGUCUAACCGACUUUUGGUCACUUUGCAUUGCGGAGGGAGAUGUCGAUCGCGUCAUGUGUGCCGAUCCUCAAUGUGUCAAGGAUGGCAGACCGGUGACAGAGGAUGAAGUUCUACGGGUAGUCUCGGAAUCAGAGACACGAAGAUGGAAAGAACUCAGGAGAAAACGAGCAUUAGAAAAGGAUCCUGGAUUAAUCUACUGCCCCAUUGCGUUCUGCCAAAGCCCGUGUCCCACACCGCAAGUUCAACGGGAUGCAAAGGACCGAGACUCUGAAAGUAUGGACGACGUCGCCAUGCGCCGGAAAUAUCUCAGCUUGCGUACAUGUGACAAUUGCGAAUUUGCAUUUUGUAUUCUGUGCAAACGGGCAUGGCACGGUUUGGCUCCUUGCUCUAGUGACAUUACAACUCGAUUCCUCGAGGAAUACAUCUCCCUCAGCGAUGACGACCCCGAAAAGUUGGCACUGGAACUACGAUUUGGAAAGGCCCAGCUCAAGAGGCUUGUUGCUGUGUUCCAAGAAGACCAGGAGAACAAGAAGUGGCUCAGAGAGUCUACUACACAGUGUCCACACUGCCAG